CCUUGAUCCCAGGAAAAAUACUGGACUAAGGGCAUAGAAAUCUGAAGACCUCUGUUUCUUCUAGAAGAGGUGGAGAUGCUAGAAACACUAACAUUUAAAAUAUGUGGAGGAAUUAAUCUGCAAAAAGCAUGUGCUUACUGGUGCUAUGGAAUGAAGGGGUGUUCAUUUGCAGAUGAAGAAAAUGAUCAGCUGGAAGGUGGAAAUGGUCAGACAUAACCUUCUUUCUGGAAGCUGAUGUGAUUUUGCUUUAGGAGGUUUUCCAUAUAAUUUCCAUACAAUUUUGUGAUUUUAGGAAUUGUCACCUUGGUUUAAUAGAAGGUGAUAAAGUAAGAAGGAGAGAUGGGAAAUCCAGAAAACAUUGGAGAUGCAUAUGUUGCUGUGAUUCGUCCAAAAAAUACUGCUAGCCUCAAUUCUCGGGAAUAUCGAGCUAAAUCCUAUGAAAUUCUGCUUCUUGAAGUUCCCAUUGAAGGCCAAAAGAAAAAAAGAAAGAAAGUUUUGCUGGAAACUAAACUUCAAGGAGGCACUGAGAUAACCCAGAGCAUCUUGGAUUAUGUAUUAGAAACCACCAAACCAAUUUCACCAGCCAAUCAGGGUAUUAAAGGAAAGCGUGUGGUGUUAAUGAAGAAGUUUCCUCUCGAUGGAGAGAAGGCAGGCCAGGAGGCAUCUCUUUACAUUGUUCCAACUGUUGUGAAAGAUAAUACGAAAUAUACAUACAGUCCUGGAUGCCCUGUGUUCUACUGUUUUCAAGACAUCAUGAGAGUCUGCAGUGAAUCCAGCACACACUUUGCUACGCUUACUGCAAAAAUGUUAAUUGCCUUGGAUAAGUGGUUGGAUGAACGGCAUACCCAGUCUCACUCCAUCCCAGCUUUAUUCAGACCAUCUCCUCUUGAGAGAAUUAAAACAAAUGUAAUAAACCCUGCCUAUGCUAUAGAACCUGGUCAAACAGAGAGCUCAUUGCACAUGGGUUAUACUGCCCUGGAAAUAAAGAGUAAAAUGCUGGCAUUGGAGAAAGCAGAUAUGUGUAUCUAUAAUCCUUUGUUUGGAUCUGACCUUCAGUAUACCAACAGGGUUGACAAGGUUGUAAUAAAUCCAUACUUUGGCCUUGGAGCCCCGGACUAUUCAAAGAUUCAGAUUCCUAAAAGAGAAAAGUGGCAACGUAGCAUGAGCAGUGUCACAGAGGACAAGGAGCACCAGUGGGUAGAUGAUUUCCCUCUUCACCGCAGUGCUUGUGAAGGAGACUCUGAUUUACUAAGUCACCUUCUGGAUAAAAAGUUUUCUGUUAAUCAGUUGGAUAGUGACCACUGGGCACCAAUCCAUUAUGCAUGCUGGUAUGGAAAAGUUGAAGCCACUCGAAUGCUGUUGGAGAAAGGGAAAUGCAAUCCAAAUCUUUUAAAUGGUCAACUAAGCUCUCCUCUUCAUUUUGCUGCUGGAGGUGGACAUGCUGAAAUAGUACAAAUUCUACUAAAUCAUCCUGAAAUUGACAGGCACAUUACUGAUCAACAAGGAAGAUCUCCGCUGAAUGUCUGUGAAGAAAACAAACAAAAUGAGUGGGAAGAAGCUGCAAAACUACUGAAGGAAGCCAUAAAUAAACCUUAUGAAAAGGCACGAAUUUAUCGCAUGGAUGGGUCAUAUCGCUCUGUCGAGCUGAAACACGGAAACAACACAACUGUCCAGCAAAUCAUGGAGGGCAUGCGCCUGUCUCAAGAAACUCAGCAGUAUUUCACUAUCUGGAUCUGUUCUGAGAACCUCAGUCUCCAGCUGAAGCCGUAUCACAAGCCUUUACAGCAUAUUCGAGACUGGCCUGAAAUAUUCACUGAACUGACAAACUUGGAUCCUCAAAGAGAAACUUCACAGCUUUUCCUGAGAAGGGAUGUGAGACUUCCACUAGAAAUAGAAAAAAAGAUUGAAGAUCCAUUGGCUAUUCUUAUACUUUUUGAUGAGGCCAGAUAUAAUUUAUUGAAAGGUUUUUAUACAUCACCUGAUGCAAAGCUGAUUACACUGGCAAGUCUGCUUCUACAAAUAGUCUAUGGAAAUUAUGAGAGCAAGAAACAUAAACAGGGCUUUCUAAAUGAAGAAAAUCUUAAAUCUAUUGUACCAAUAACUAAACUAAAAAGCAAAGCUCCUCAUUGGACAAACAGGAUACUUCAUGAAUACAAGAAUCUCAGCACCAGUGAAGGUGUCAGUAAGGAGAUGCAUCACCUUCAGCGCAUGUUCUUGCAGAAUUGCUGGGAAAUUCCUACUUAUGGAGCAGCUUUUUUCACAGGACAGAUAUUCACCAAAGCAAGUUCAAGUAGCCAUAAAGUCAUCAAAGUGUACGUAGGAGUAAAUGUGAAAGGGCUUCAUCUUCUCAACAUGGAAACAAAGGCUUUACUUCUCAGCCUGAAGUACGGCUGCUUUAUGUGGCAGUUGGGAGAUGGAGAUACGUGUUUUCAAAUCCACAGUCUGGAAAAUAAAAUGAGCUUUAUUGUACAUACCAAACAGGCAGGACUCGUUGUAAAACUCCUGAUGAAAUUAAAUGGCCAGCUAAUGCCAACUGAAAGAAACGAGUGAUGGAAAUGAACAAUAGUUAUGAGAUGGCAUCUGAUGGCUGAGCAAAAAACAACUUGUUCCUCCUCAUAACAGGACUUCCAUGUACAUGAAUUUUCCACAAUAGAAAAGUCAAUUUGUACAGUUUUUUUAACUUUGUACAGACGCUGCAUGGAUUAUUUUUUUAAAAAAAACUAUACAACAUAUCUAUUAUUUUUAUAAAUAUUUUUGUGUUUCAUAUAUUAAUUAUUGUAGGGCUUGAGCUUAACCAAUAAAGCUGAUGAAAUCUAAAUGGUUUACCGAGUUUGACGAGCAUGAACCCAGUAAAGCUGUUGUUCCCAGAGAAAUACGGGACUACCAGUGCCAUUAAGCAAGUCUCAGUUAACCUAUUUACUUUUCAUGUCAUUGCGUGGAACAUCAAGGAGGUGGUAUAUGUUGCAGUAUUUUGUAGACACCCUGUAUUUUUAAGCUAUUAUUGAAAAUAUGCUUAAAAGAUCAGUUAGACCUUUGAGCAACUACUUUUGAUAAACUCUUGGUUUUUAUUUGGUUUCUGACAAACAAUUUAGCUCACUUUUACUCUUAACUUUCUCAUCUUUGUAUUAAUAUUUAUUCUAAAAUACUGCAUGAGGAUGCCAAAAGGGAAAUACUUUAAAUCAUUCAGAAGCCAUAUUGAAUGUUUAGCAUGCUUGUUUUGUAGAAUGGAUUUUUACUUUUGCUGUGCAAUAUAAAAUGUAUGUAUGGAGGAGAGGGAGACAGGGAUCUUUGCAGAUGAACCUUACUCAGAGGACUUGAGAAAGUUUUAUAAAUCCUACCCUGGAUUGCAACACAUAUGCAGUAACAGAAGCUUAUACAGGAGGUACUAAGUUAUUUCUCUUAAAUUAAUUUUCUUACUGCUUAAUUCAGUUUCUUCAGGCUAAAAGCAGUGCAGUAUGCAGGAAUGAAGAUGACAAGGAAGUCAGAAACAGUUUGUAAGCAUUCUGCCUGCUCUUUGUAGGGUUCGGGUUCCACAAGUUGGGUCCCAAGUGUAAGGUGGGAUUCUAUGCAGUCUGAAGCAUAUCCUUGUAUAUUAAAAUAGAAUUUGUAACACAAAUCUUUGAAGUUUCUGGUUGUAUUUCAGGGUUUUAAGUGCACUUGACUGUUUCUUCCAUGUAAACUGCAUGCUAAAAUGGUGUGCAAUAUUUUGUAAAAAAAAAAGGUUUUAUAAAAAAUAAAAAUUAGCACUUGCCUCUAAGUUUUCAAAUAAAAGCUACAAUGAAUGUGAAGAACUGUGCUGUUGUAUAGUAACUUUACUCAUACCUUACUAGUAACUGCAGUUUAAGAAAUUAAAGUAAUAAGCCGUUAAAAACAUGAACAGGAGAUUUGUAUUUUGUAUUCUUCUUAGCAAGCUGUACUUUUCUACUUAAACCUCACAGGCCUAAAUAACAGUAAAUUUUCAUGGAUUGUUAUGCUUUAUUUAAGGUGAAUAAUGCAGCAGUCAGGUCCUUCAUCAUGCAUCCCUGCUAUCACUUGUCACUGGUAUCAGAAAUACAUUUCUCUACGUAGCACUUUCUUAGAAAACUAGAGGAAAAUGUUAGGAAGAUGUGUCAAUUGCCUAUAUAACAAUACUGUCAAUAUGCCUUAUUGCUGUAUAGUCCUUUCUGCUAAAUUCUUAUUUAUUACUACCUAAUAAAUUGUUUGCAACAGGUCA